AUGAUUUUCAUUUAUCUCGACAGAUUGAAGGGACUGGAUAAUUUAUACCUAAAUUUCACACCCUCGCAGUGGCAGGAUAUCUACAAGUUCUGUAAAAACGUUUUGAAUUCUCAUCCCAGUUUAUCAGGUUUGCCAUGUGCUUCUAACACAACUGGAAUUCGUGAUUGGUUGCUGAAGAACUUUGAUAAAUUCAUGUCACAGAUUCCCUUCACCGAAUUGUUACUUUUGGACAAGGACUUCUCUGUGUUUGAAAUACUGGACUUCUUGAGUACAUCACAACUCUCUGGACUGACUGUGAAGUCACUGAAUAACGCAUCUGACAUCAGUAUGAUUAUUGACAUCCUGAGAAAUAAAAGCUUCACAGAUUUGGUUGCCUACAUUACCCAAUUUAUUAAUGACACACGGCAGAUGGACAUCACAUCCAUUCAACACACAGUAGUAAGAGACACAUUGUUGAAUGGGAUAAUGCAGCUGUUGGGACCUCGGUUUGUAAGAUUCAAUACCACAGAUUAUGUUGAGUGGUUUCAGAAAAGAUUAAAAUUGCUGCUGCCCAGUAUCACAGCCGAGGAGCUGGCCUCUAUCCCCACUAACAUCUCAUGUGAAUCAUAUCAAGCCAUAUUGAAGGGACUGGAUAAUUUAUACCUAAAUUUCACACCCUCGCAGUGGCAGGAUAUCUACAAGUUCUGUAAAAACGUUUUGAAUUCUCAUCCCAGUUUAUCAGGUUUGCCAUGUGCUUCUAACACAACUGGAAUUCGUGAUUGGUUGCUGAAGAACUUUGAUAAAUUCAUGUCACAGAUUCCCUUCACCGAAUUGUUACUUUUGGACAAGGACUUCUCUGUGUUUGAAAUACUGGACUUCUUGAGUACAUCACAACUCUCUGGACUGACUGUGAAGUCACUGAAUAACGCAUCUGACAUCAGUAUGAUUAUUGACAUCCUGAGAAAUAAAAGCUUCACAGAUUUGGUUGCCUACAUUACCCAAUUUAUUAAUGACACACGGCAGAUGGACAUCACAUCCAUUCAACACACAGUAGUAAGAGACACAUUGUUGAAUGGGAUAAUGCAGCUGUUGGGACCUCGGUUUGUAAGAUUCAAUACCACAGAUUAUGUUGAGUGGUUUCAGAAAAGAUUACAAUUGCUGCUGCCCAGUAUCACAGCCGAGGAGCUGGCCUCUAUCCCCACUAACAUCUCAUGUGAAUCAUAUCAAGCCAUAUUGAAAGGUCUGGAUAAUUUAUACCUAAAUUUUACACUGUCACAGCAUCAUGAGAUCUAUGCUUUUGGUAAAAGGUUUCUGAAUUUCCAACUCAGUGUGUCAGGUUCCCUAGGUGUAGUGUGUGUUGACGACAUCAGUGGAACUCGUGAAUGGAUAAUAAAGAACUUCUUCCGAUUCAUGGCACAAUUUAAAUACAGUGACUUUGCAACUCUAAACAAGAACUUCUCUGGUUUUGAAGUUUUGGACUUACUCACCCCAUACCAACUUGCUGAACUGACUGUAACCUCAGCAUUGAACAGCACAGAGAACAUCAGCAAGAUACUCGAUACCCUUGCAAGCAGAGGCUUCAAAGACUUGAACAAAUACAUUACUCAAUUUAAUCAAGAAACUCAAGAGGCGAACAUUACUGUUAUUAAAAACUCGAGAGUGUGGCACAUAAUGCUGAGCAGAAUCAUAAAGCUGCUGGAACCUCAGUUUCCGAUAUUUAAAACCAUCGACUAUAUUGACUGGUUCCAGACCAAAUUAUCUCUUUUGCUGCCCAGUAUUACAAAAAAAGAGCUUGACACCAUUCCCAACAACAUAACCUGCAAAGCUUACCAGUCUAUAGUGAGAGAACUGGACAAAUUACAUCCAGAUUUAUCAAUGGAACAACAAAGGAACAUUUCUGAUUUUAUAUUAAACUACCUGUCUGCCCAACUUGUUUCAGCAGAAACUGCAUGUACUGCUGGCACUAACGGAAGUAAAGCUUGGCUCGUAACUAAUUUCGGCAGAUUCCAAUCAUUCGUCCCCUACAGCAAACUCCUAGCUCUGAACAAGAACUUCAUUGGGUUUGAUGUCAUAGAAUUACUGACUGUUUCACAACUGGGGGAACUGGCUGGCAAUGGGGCACUGAGGAACGGAUACGAAGUGCAGAGACUUUUCAGAAACAUCAAUAAUGGCGCCAUUGUUGAGUUCAUUGAUGCAUUCAGAACUGCUGCUGACAAGAGAAAAGUGGACUUCUCUCCUGGAGUGCAAACAGCUUUGUUAGAGGAAGUUCUCAACCUCAUCCAGUCUAUUCUUUCAAAUGCCAGUACUGCUGAGCUCCGUUUCUGGUUUGGAACAAGGCUACAAGCACUGUUACCUGGACUGAAUGAAACCCUGGUAGCUUCAUUAUUUGUCACUGAAAGCUGCAAUGGGUCUCAAGUCAUUAUCUCCACAUUGAGCUCACUCAAACAGCAACUAGAUAUUGCAGUUCAAGAAGCCAUAUACAGGAAUAUAUUAGCUUCCUAUAAUGUCUCACCCCUUCAUUGCUUUGGGAACAACAGUUUUGUUGACUACCUAAACAAUCGAUUCCAAAAUUUCUCAGAAUUUCUAACACUGACGGAUACAUUUCAUCAGGUCCCUCACAGUCAACUUGCUGAGGUGUUGAAAACCAUCGAUCCCAGUGGAUUGGCUGAUCUUCUGAACAGGCCAAGAUUCAUUAACGACAACACGAUCCUGAUCGCAGUGUUAACUACUUAUGGAUCCGUUCAGAAUCUAGUUACAUUUAUCGAUAUUUUCAACCAAAAAGUCCAAGAUAGCCGUCUGACUGAUGAUAAUCGUGUUGCAUUUCUAGAGGUUUUCUGGGACCACUUUGCUACAGCAUUGUCUGAAGACAAAGAUAUUAAUGUGGAUGAAUGGCUUAAUGUCAGACUGCAACCGUAUUUGCCUUUUAUUACAACUGACCUUUUGGCUUCCAACAUCACUCUGAAAAUUCCAUGCUUUCCUUACAGGAAAAUUGUGAGAACAUUGAACACCCUCUACAGUAAGAUGACUUCUAGCAAACGGAGAGAAAUCUAUAAUGGGAUCAAAAUUUAUUUACAACAAGAACCCAAACCCAAAUGCUACAAUGCAAGUGAUCCAGUUCUGAACUCUACUGCCUGGUUUGUUGACUACCUGGGACUGUUUCUGAAUCAAAUAUCACUGACUGAUCUUCAGUCUUUCUUUGAUGGUGAGACCCAGCUUCAAGAGUUUGUGGCAAACCCUACAAAUCAGGCUCUUUUUGAAAAACUGAUGCUAUCCACUGAAAUCACAAGAUUCUUUAUUAACUUGCUAUUGAAAAACAACUCGCUUGUUAAUACUACCAGUCUACCAGACUCUCUUGUUUGCUUUAUCCUUGGCACUGAUGCACUUAAGUCCUUGAAUGUGCAGGAAACUUUGGCUAUAAUUAAGAAGGUCAAUGAUGUCUGUAAACUCACUUCUCCACUCAACAGAACUGGGAAUACAUCUUUUCUGAGCGAUGAUGAACGAAAGCUCGCAAUCUUCUUGGUCAGCAAGUUCAACAACUUCUCAGUCAUCACUCUGAAUAGUUUGGGACAAGCAGCUUUUGGGCUGUCAUUGUCCCAGAUUAGAGGUAUUGAAGCGAACAUUCUGCAGGAAGCUCUGCCAACCCUGGGUCAAGUCAAAAGAUGGAAUCUGGGCCAGGCUAAAGCAAUUGUAACUAAGUUACUUAAAAAUGGCUUCCAGGUCAAUAACAAGGAGAAUUUGCAAAAGCUAGGAACCUUGGUGUCUGGUAUUCCAAGCAAUGUGUUCCAAGGUAUCAAUCCUGGGAUCUUCAUCAGUUUAAUCUCAAAUUUAACAUUUGUUGAGAAUAUUGGAGCAGCACCACAGCCUCUACAAUCGAUAUGUGUUCUGCAGGUGUUGCGGAAUGUGGAAGACCCUGUACAAACAGUGAAGAACAUUCCAUCUGUUCUGGCCAAAGAGGUCCCCCCUGUCCUGCUAAACUCAAACUUAGGCCUCAGUGACGUCAACGACAAGCAGUGGGCUCCCAGUCAGGCUGCCGUGUUUUUUGAAAGUGUUGUGAAAAGCAGUAAUGAUUAUGACAUAUUCUCACCUUCAGUUCUGCAAGGUUUCAGUUGUGGUGCAGUCAAAGAUCUGAAUUUUACAAAUUUUCUUCAGCUCGUUCAAGCAAUGAAGGGGAAGGGGGCUAUGCUUGAUGAAAGUCAGCUCAGUUGCAUGUUUUUUCGACUAACCUCGAAAGGAAAUGUGCCAGACAAAGACAAGUUGCCUGUAGAUGUUUUGCUUUAUUUUAACUCCAAGAACAGAACAUCUCGAAACUGUGAGUCAUUCUUCAAAGGUGUCGGAAAAUCAAACAUUCGUCUCUUACCGAAAGGAUCGUUAAGAAGACAAAAUCUGUUGGAAGAUGCCAAAACCUGUUUGGGAAUUAAUAGCAGAAAUCUGACCAAAGAGAAUAUUGCAGUACUGGGAGGUUUGGUAUGUGACCUUGAGGGUUCAGUCAUCAAAGAAUCUGAUCUUUCCAUCUUGGAGGCAUUGAAGACUUGUACCUCAUUCAGAGAGGAUCAGAAGAGAGCCAUUGAAACUCUGCUCCAAGGUGGAUCCAGCAUCUAUGGCACUCCUUCAUCUUGGUCGUCAUCUACAAUCGGAGAGCUUGGAAAUCUUCCUUUAGCCUUGACUGACACAUGGAGUCAAGUAAACAGGGACGUCCUUAAACAAGCUCUCCCAAGAUUCAUCAAGAAAGUGAAGACAUUCACACCACCCAGUGAAAUGCUUGUAUUUAUAAAUCAGCUCAACCUAAGAAGAGGUUCGGACAACUUAGCAAACUGUACAAGAUUAGCAGCAGAGUCCAUUGAUGAUCUGACCCCCGCAAUCUAUGAUACAACCAAUUUAGACCUCUGUUUGAGUGACCGUGUGCUGAAAGACAAUGUGCUCCAACUGGGAGCUCUUGUGUUUGACCCUGCUCAGCUGGAAGUUCUGAAAAACAGACUAAUACAGAUAUACCCCAGUGGGCUACCAGAAAGCCAGAUUCAACUGCUGGGGAACAUAUCGACUGUGUUUAAUGUAGCAGACAUCAGUCUUUGGAAUAUCACCGAGGUUGUGACACUUUCUACACUAAUGAUGCAGAAAUUGGAAAGUCCAAUGGUGAAAUCUAUCAUUGAAAGAUAUCUUCAAUUGGGUGGAGUUCUGAAUGCUGUUUCUGUAAAAGUUAUUGGUGGUCCAAAUCUAUGCCUUCUGAAUGAAAGCCUGUUGGUAACAAUUUCAAAUUUAACGGAUGCAGGAGCACUGGAUCUUUCAACGUGUACACAGUCACAGAAAAAUCUGUUGUACCACCAAGCAUCCUUCGCAUUGAGAUCUCAGCAAAGCAGCCCUAUACCCUACUUUCAACUACUGAGGCCAUAUCUAGGUGGUAUCCCACAGGGUGAUCUUGAGAUGCUUGCAAAUAACUCAGUAAACAUGGAUUUUGCAACCUUCAUAAGCCUGAAUCCUGAGGAAGUGAAGAACUUAAGUGCCCAGAAUCUGAUCGACUUACUUGGAUAUACUGUUCAAGCUCUUCAAAGUGGAGCCAAUGAAACUGUGGUGAUGGUUUGGGUGAACUCACACUUUCAGUCUGAAGUCCGUAAACUGGGUUUGACUGGAGGAAUUCCAGAUCCUACUCUAGAGUCAAUAUUUUGUGCUGGCAAAGACAGUUCGGCUGUUAAUAGUUUCCUGAAUGAUGUUAACCAGAACGAAAUCUGCAACUUUAACAUUGCAGAAUAUGCAUGUUCUCAGACUGAUCUACUGAGGGCACGUAUAAACAGCGAAGGUUUAUCUUCUAUAUUUGACUGCUUCACUGGCCCAAUGGUUCUGAAUACCUCCGAUGAAACGGCACUGACUGUUUUCCUUCAGAAAUUUGAGGAAACCACAAGGAAUGAAGCACUGGAAAAGUUCAACAACAGGAUGCUGAACACAUCAUCGAUUCCUUUGAUGACAAAGAUCACGUUCGUGAAUGCUCUGUGGGAGAUUGUGAAGACCAACGAAAAUUUAACCGACCCAGAUUUCCUGAGGAAAUGGUUCCAGGAGAGAUUCAGGCCUUUCAUUGCUGGCAUUUCUCAGUCAGUGCUGAACCGCCUUCUGAUGAGGAACAUUACCUGUGAUGGUUACCAAGCUGUCGUAAAAGGACUCGGUUAUGGUCUUAGGGAAAUGCCACCGGACACGAGAAUGACGGUACUGCAAGAGUGGGUUCUUAACUUCCUCAACACCACAGCAUUUUCUCUUAAUUGUUACAAAAGCAACAGUUUUAUUCAAUUCCUGAAGAGGUCAGUCCAGAAGUUCUCCGGCUUUAUAACUCUGAAGGAUGUAUUUAUGCUGGUUCCUCCUGACCACGUAGCUGAGUUGGUGAAUAACAUCGAUCCCAGAGAAUUGGCUCAGGUGCUGAGCAGUCCUGAAUUCAUUAAUGACAACAAAAUACUGAUCAAUAUCUUAGUCCACAUCCAACCCAGCAAGAACCUGGCUGCACUUAUUGAUCAAUUCAUCAUUGAAGCACAAAAUAGCGAUGUUUUAAUGAUUGUCAUUAAGGGGUUGGAGCUUGAGUUUUCCAGAAUCCUGUCUGGAGUUGAUGAUCUAAAUGUGAAGGAAUGGAUUAACAAUGUAUUGAUUCCAUCUCUGCCUGAGAUCACUAGCAUCGUUUUCGGAUCCAAUAACAGCCUCGAAAUUCCAUGCUUAGCUUUGGAAAAGAUUAACAUGGCAUUGAGUUUUUUCAAACAGCAGCUGAGCGAGUAUGAUCAAGAAAUUAUUUACGAUAACUUGUUAAAUUAUGCCAAAGCGUUCCCUCUUCAUUGUUAUCAAAAUGGCAGUUUUGUCCGUUACUUGAGGAACUAUUUCCAAGCAUUCUCCGAUUUUGUAACUCUGAAGGAUGCAUUUUCAUUUAUUCCUAUUGACGGUUUAAAUGAGGUGUUGGAUAACAUUAAUGCCAGUGAAUUGGCUGAUUUACUGACUAAGCCUGGAUUCAUUGAUGACUUUGAGACCUUGACCAAUAUCUUAAUCCACAUCCACUCCAUCCAGGAUCUGAAGUUACUAAUAGAAGAGUUCAUCACCAAAAUGCCAAAUACUGAGACCUUAAUUGCUAUCUUAGAUGGUGUACAGUCUGAAAUUAAAAAAAGCCUCUCUGGACUCAGUGAAAUAGAUGUGAAGGAAUGGAUCAAUGAAACACUACUUCCAUCUUUGCCAUCGAUCGUCGAAAUAGUUUUGAAUUUCAAGUUUUCUGUGAACAUCCCAUGUGCCCUUAACAGAAAAAUUGUCUCAGUGUUGAGCUAUGUCAAAGAUCUGCUGAGUAAGAGCGAUCAAGAAUUCAUAUAUAGAAAAUUAUUGGAAAAUGCUAGAGUGUCCACUGACAUGUGUUUUGGAAACACAAGUUUUGUUCUCUACCUGAAGAACUAUUUCCAAGGUUUUUCCAACUUCCUCACUCUAAGCGAUGCGUAUUCACUGGUUCCUCUGAGCCGUGUAAAUGAGGUGCUGGAUAGUAUUGAUCCAAGUGAUUUGGCUGUUGCACUGAGCAUGCCUGGAUUCAUUGACAGCGGUGCGGUUCUGAUCAGGGUGUUGAUCCGCUUCCAAUCCGUCGAUAAAUUAUUAGUACUUAUCGAUCAAUUUUUCAGAAAUAUUCAAGACGGUGAAUACUUUGAUGAAGUCAUAGAAGAGUUACAGAAAGAGUUGUACAGAAGUAUGGCUGGGAUCAGUGAGCUUGAUGCGGACGUAUGGCUUAAUAACACAUUAAUUCCAUCUCUGCCAUUGAUCACAAACACUGUUUUGGCUUCCAAUAACAGCAGAAGAUUUCCAUGCCCUUUCCUUAAAAGAAUAAUUGAGCUACUGAGCUAUUUCAAAGACCAGCAGGAAAUCAAUGAUCAAGAGGCUGUAUACAAAAACUUAUUAACAUACAAUAAAGCAUUCCCUCUUUAUUGUUAUAACAACAACAGCUUUUUCCUUUACCUGGAAAUGUAUUUCCAAAAGUACACUGUCUUUCUAACUCUGAAGGACGUUGCUUCAUUGGUUCCUCCUGACCGUGUGACUGAGGUGCUGAAUAGCAUUGCUCCAAAAAAAUUGGCUGAUCAGUUGAGAACACCUGGAUUCAUUGAUGACAACAAGACUCUAACCUUUUUGUUUCUGAAUAUCAAACCAAUCCAGAACCUGGCCGCAUUUAUAGAUGCUUUCAACAACAACAAAACCCAAGAUAACAAAAUUUUACCUGCUGUCAUAGAGGGUUUAUGGCCUCCGUUUACUGAAAACCUUCCUGCACUCAGUGAUGCAGAGGUGGAUACGUGGCUUAAUGACAGAUUGGUUCCAUAUCUUCCUUUUAUUACCACACGUCUUUUGGUCUCCAACAACACUUUGAGAAUUCCAUGCCUUUCCUACAGAAAAAUUGUCAGUACGCUGAACACCCUGUACACAGGAUUAAAUGCAGAACAACGGAUUGAAACCUACAACGGGAUCAAAACAUAUUUACAACAAGAUCCCAAACCUAAAUGCUAUAACGAGAAUGAUCCAGUCCUGAACUCCACUGCAUGGUUUGCUGAAUAUCUGGGACUAUACUUGAGCCAAAUGUCAUUGUCUGAUCUUCAGUCUUUCGUUGACAAUUCAACAGUUCUUCAAGAAUUUGCAGCAAAUGAAGAAAACCUGGCUCUUUUGGAAAACCUAGCAUUAAUAAAUGAAGUCUCCAAAGUCUACAUUAAUUUCCUGGUUGAAAACAAUCCAAAUUUUAAUGCUUCAAGACUGCCAAACUCUCUGCUUUGCUUCAUUACUGAUACCAAUCUGCUUCAGUCCUUGGAUGCACAGCAGUCCUUGGCUCUAACUGAAAGGAUAAACCAAGUCUGUGGGCUUAAUAUACUGCCGAACGCAACUACCAAUGGAACAGGGCCGGUGGAAGGUCCAACAGAUGAGCAAUUGAAGCUUUCGAUAGCGAUAGUGAGCAAAAUCGACAACUUCACAGUCAGCACUUUGAAUACUCUGGGACAAACAGCUGUUGGACUGUCAGUGUCACAGGUUGGAAAUAUUGAUGGGGAGACUCUGCAGAAUGCACUGCCAAGCCUGGGUAAAGUCAGAGGCUGGAAUGUGGGCCAGGCCAAUGCGAUUGUCAUCAGGUUACUGAGAAAUGGCUUCCAGGUCAGUAACAGCGAGAACCUCCUGGGGCUGGGAAGCUUGGUGUCUGGUAUUCCAAGUGGCGUGUUCCAAGACAUCAAUCCUGGGGUGUUCAUCAAUGUGAUCUCAAAUCCAACAUUUGUUGCGAAUAUUGGAACAGCGCCACAGCCCAUACAAACCAUCUGUGUUCUGCAGGUGUUGCGGAAUGUGGAAGACCCUGUACAAACAGUGAAGAACAUUCCAUCUGUUCUGGCCAAAGAGGUCCCCCCUGUCCUGUUAAACUCAAAAUUAGGCCUCAGUGAUGUCAACGACAAGCAGUGGGCUCCCAGCCAGGCUGCAGUGUUCUUUGAAAAUGUGGUCAGAAACAGCAAUAAUUUUAAAGAAUUCUCACCUUCUGUCCUUCAAGGCUUCAGUUGUGGUGCAGUCAAGGAGUUGAAUUUUACAGCGUUUCUCCAGCUCGUUCAAGCAAUGAAAGGGAAAGGGGCCAAAUUCGAUGAAAGUCAGCUGAGGUGCAUGUCUGCAAGAGUAACUUUGAACAGAACCACACCAGCCGUAGAGACUCUCCCUGUGGACGUUCUCCUCUUCUUCAACUCUGCACAGUUCAGGAGCUCCUCCAACUGCCAAACAUUCUUCAAAUUAAUUGGGAAGUCAAACAUUGACAUCUUGAGAAAAGGAUCAAGGAGACGACGGAACCUGCUGUAUGAUGCCAUGACCUGUUUGGGUAUUUCUGGCAGGAACCUGACGAAGGAGAGUGUGACAAUCCUGGGUAAAUUGGUGUGUGACCUCGAGGGAUCCAUCAUCGCAGAAUCUGAUAUUUCCAUCUUGGACGCACUGAAAACAUGUCGCUCAUACAGAGAGGAUCAGAAGAGAGCCAUUGAAGGUCGCCUUAGGAGUGGAGCCAGCAGAUAUGGUGUUCCUUCAUCGUGGUCAUCAUCGACAAUCCAGGAUCUGGGAAAUCUUCCUUUGACAUUGACUGACACGUGGAUUCUAGUAAACAGGGUUGUCCUUGAUGCAGCUCUUCCAAGAUUUAUAAAGAAAGUGAAACGUACGAGACCUCCUGAUGACAUCCUGAUCUUCAUAGAUCAGCUCAACCUGCGAAGAUCAAACAAUACAGCAAACUGCACCGAGGGCUUAAUCGCAGGAGAAGACAUUAAUGACCUGACCCCUGCAAUCUAUGGCCCGUCCCAGCUAGACCUCUGUUUGAGUGAGCGUGUGCUGAAAGACAAUGUGCUCCAACUGGGAGCUCUUGCCUUUAGUCCCACUCAGCUGGAAGUUCUGAAAAAGAGCUUGUUGAAGAUUUAUCCCAGUGGACUGCCCGAAAACCAGAUUCAACUUUUGGGCAACAUCUCAACUGUGUUUAAUGUGACAGAAGUCAGCAGCUGGAAUAUCACUCGAGUUGAGACACUUUCUGCAUUAACGAAGCAACAGCUGGACAACACAACGAUCAAAUCCAUUGUGACGAGAUAUCUCCAGUUAGGUGGUGACCUGAAUGCAGUUUCUUUGAAAUCUAUUGGUGGAGCCAGCUUAUGCACUUUGGAUGAACAGCAGCUGUUGACAAUUUCAAACUUGACGGAUGCAGGAUCACUGGAUCUUUCAACGUGCACACAGUCAAAGAAAGACUUGCUUUAUCACCGAGCAUUCUCAGCAUUGAGGUCUCAGCAAAGUGACCCGAUUCCCUACUUCCAGCUGAUAAAGGCCUAUGUUGGUGGUGCUGCAGCUGAUGAUCUGAAGCUCCUCGCUAACAACAGCAUCAACAUGGACUUUGAGACUUUCAGAGGGUUGAAUCCCGAAGAAGUCAGGAAACUGACUGCCCAGGAUCUGAUUAACCUGCUUGGAAUUUACCUUCGGGAUCUUCAGCGUGGAGUGAAUGAAACUGUUGUGGUUGUCUGGGUGGCCUCACACACCGAGUUUGAAGUGAGGAGACUGGGAUUGACUGGAGGAAUUCCCGACAAUUCAUCAGAACCCCGACCUACUGAAACGCCUGGAAAUGCGACAGUUAAUGAAACAACGCUGUGCCGAGCCGUGAACAGUUCGACUUUGAAUAAUUUCCUGAUUAGUGUUAACAAGACCCAACUGUGCACCUUCAACAUUAAAGACUACGCAUGUGCUCGGACUGAUCUGCUACGUUCGGGUUUAAGCAGUGAUGCCUUGACAAGUAUAUUUCAGUGUUUUGUUGGUCCAAAGGCUCUGAACAGGUCAGAUGAACUGGCACUGACCACGUUUGUACAGAAACUUAACAGAAGCACUUUGAAUGAGGCACUGGACAUCUUCAACAACAAGACCGUGAACACAUCAUCGAUUCCUUUGAUGACAAAGAUCACGUUCGUGAAUGCUCUGUGGGAAAUUGUGAAGACGGACGAAAAUUUAACGGAGCCAGAUUUCCUGAGGAAAUGGUUCCAGGAGAGAUUCAGGCCUUUCAUUGCAGGCAUUUCUCAGUCAGUGCUGAACCGCCUUCUGAUGAGGAACAUCACCUGUGAUGGUUACCAAGCUGUCACGAAAGGCCUGAGCAACAGAUUCAGCGAUAUGCCACGUGGAACACGAGAGACUGUUCUGAGAGUUUGGAUCCUCGGUUACCUCAACGCUUCAGAAUUCCCACUUCGCUGUUAUGAAAACAACAGUUUUGUUCUGUACGUGGAUGCCAACUUCCAAAGAUUUGCCGAGUUGCUGACUCUGUCAGAAGCAUUUUCUCUGCUCCCUUCCAAUCGUGUUGCUGAGGUGCUGAAUGUCACUGAUCCGAGCGAUUUGGCUGGUGCACUGAGCAGGCCUGGUUUCAUUAAUGACAACAACAUACUGACUACGGUCUUACUCCAUAUCCAACCCAUUCAGAACCUGGCUACCUUCGUCGAUGAAUUCAAUCGACAAACCCAAGACAGUCUGCCAGCUGCUAUUCGAGUGGCCAUCGUCGAAGGUCUGUGGCCUCAGUUUGUCAACAGCCUUCCUGUACUUAAUGACACCGAGAGGAAUGCAUGGCUCAAUGUCAGAUUAUCUCCAUUCAUCCCAUUCAUCACCACCCGCCUCUUGGCUUCCAACAACACAUUGAGAGUCGGGUGCCUUUCCUACAGGAAAAUUGUGCGAACUCUGAGUGCUCGUUACAGGGAUUUGACCUCAAACAAACAGAAGGAAAUCUACAAUGGCAUCAAAGCUUACCUGCAGCAAGGUCCCAAACCGAAAUGCUACGAUGUGAAUGAUCCAGUCCUGAACUCCACUGCUUGGUUUGCUCAGUAUUUGGGAUUGUAUAUGAAUCAGAUUUCCCUGAGCGAUCUUCAAUCUUUCUUUGAUAAUGAAGCACAGCUUCAAGAAUUUUUGGCAGACCCUGAAAACCUGGCCCUUCUGGAAAAUCUGACACUAUCCAAUGAAGUUUCAAAGUUCUAUCUCCAGUCGUUGCUGGCUAACAAUCCGAAUGUCAAUGUUGCAAGGCUGCCAAACUCUCUUGUUUGUGUCAUUACCGACACUGAUCUGCUUCAGUCCUUGGACACACAGCAAAUCUUGUCCAUAGUAGCAGUAAUAAACCGAGUCUGUGGAGUCAAUGUGCUGCCAAACACAACAUCGAAUGGAACAGCACCAGCUGAAGAUCCAACAGAUGAACAACUGAGGUCUUCAAUAGCUCUAGUGAGCAAAAUCGACAACUUCACAGUCAGCACUUUGAAUACUCUGGGACAAACAGCUGUUGGACUGUCAGUGUCACAGGUUGGAAAUAUUGAUGGGGAGACUCUGCAGAAUGCACUGCCAAGCCUGGGUAAAGUCAGAGGCUGGAAUGUGGGCCAGGCCAAUGCGAUUGUCAUCAGGUUACUGAGAAAUGGCUUCCAGGUCAGUAACAGCGAGAACCUCCUGGGGCUGGGAAGCUUGGUGUCUGGUAUUCCAAGUGGCGUGUUCCAAGACAUCAAUCCUGGGGUGUUCAUCAAUGUGAUCUCAAAUCCAACAUUUGUUGUGAAUAUUGGAACAGCGCCACAGCCCAUACAAACCAUCUGUGUUCUGCAGGUGUUGCGGAAUGUGGAAGACCCUGUACAAACAGUGAAGAACAUUCCAUCUGUUCUGGCCAAAGAGGUCCCCCCUGUCCUGUUAAACUCAAACUUAGGCCUCAGUGACGUCAACGACAAGCAGUGGACUCCCAGUCAGGCUGCAGUGUUCUUCGAAAAUGUGGUCAGAAACAACAACAAUUUUAAAGAAUUCUCACCUUCUGUCCUUCAAGGCUUCAGUUGUGGCGCAGUCAAGGAGUUGAAUUUUACAGCGUUUCUCCAGCUUGUUCAAGCAAUGAAGGGGAAGGGGGCCAAGUUUGAUGAAAGUCAGCUGAGGUGCAUGUCUGCAAGACUAACCUUGAACAGAAUCACACCAGCCAUAGAGACUCUCCCUGUGGAUGUUCUCCUAUUCUUCAAUUCUGCACAGUUCAGGAGCUCCUCCAACUGCCAAACAUUCUUCAAAUUAAUUGGGAAGUCAAACAUUGACAUCUUGAGGAAAGGAUCAAGGAGACGACGGAACCUGUUGUAUGAUGCCAUGACCUGUUUGGGAAUUUCUGGCAGGAACCUGACGAAGGAGAGUGUGACAAUCCUGGGUAAAUUGGUGUGUGACCUCGAGGGAUCCAUCAUCGCAGAAUCUGAUAUUUCCAUCUUGGACGCAUUGAAAACAUGUCGCUCAUACAGAGAGGAUCAGAAGAGAGCCAUUGAAGGUCGCCUUAGGAGUGGAGCCAGCAGAUAUGGUGUUCCUUCAUCGUGGUCAUCAUCAACAAUCCAAGAUCUCGGAAACCUUCCUUUGGCAUUGACCGACACGUGGACCCUAAUAAACAGGGUUGUCCUUGUUGAAGCUCUUCCAAGAUUUAUAAAGAAAGUGAAACGUUCGAGACCUCCUGAUGACAUCCUGAUCUUUAUAAAUCAGCUCAAUGUGCGAGGAUCAAACAAUACAGCAAACUGCACCGAGGGCUUAAUCGCAGCAGAAGACAUUAAUGACCUGACCCCUGCAAUCUAUGGCCCAUCCCAGCUAGACCUCUGUUUGAGUGACCGUGUGCUGAAAGACAAUGUGCUCCAGCUGGGAGCUCUUGCCUUUAGUCCUACUCAGCUGGAAGUUCUGAGAAAGAGACUGUUGAAGAUUUAUCCCAGCGGACUACCCGAAAACCAGAUUCAACUUUUGGGGAACAUCUCAACUGUGUUUAAUGUGACAGAAGUCAGCAGCUGGAAUAUCACUCGAGUUGAGACACUUUCUGCAUUAACGAAGCAACAGCUGGACAACACAACGGCCAAAUCCAUUGUCACAAGAUACCUCCAGUUAGAUGGUGUUCUAAAUACAGUUUCCUUGAAAGCUAUUGGUGGACCCAGCUUAUGCACUUUGGACAAAAUGCAGCUGUUGACAAUUUCAAACUUGACGGAUGCAGGACCUUUGGAUCUUACUGCGUGCACGCAGUUAAAGAAAGACUUGGUUUAUCAACGGGCAUUCUCGGAAUUGAGGUCUCAGCAAAGUGACCCGAUCCCCUACUUCCAGCUGAUAAAGGCCUAUAUUGGUGGUGCUCCAGCUGAUGAUCUAAAGUCUCUUGCUAACGACAGGAUCAACAUGGACUUUGAAACCUUCAAGGGCUUGAACCCUGGUGAAGUUAAGAAACUGACUGCCCAGGAUCUAAUUAACCUGCUUGGAAUUAACCUCCAAGAUCUUCAACGUGGAGUGAAUGAAACUGUCGUGGUCGUCUGGGUGGCCUCACACACUGUGUCUGAAGUGAGGAGAUUGGGAUUGACUGGAGGAAUUCCUGACAAUUCAUCAGAACCCCAGCCUGAUGAUAGGCCUGGUAAUACUACAGUUAAUGGAACAACGCUGUGUAUAGGUGUGAACAGUUCUGCUUUGAAUAAUUUCCUGAUCGAAGUUAACAGGACCCAACUCUGCAAUUUCGACAUAAAAGUCUAUGCCUGUGCUCGGACUGAUCUACUGCUUUCAGGUUUAAGCAGUGAUGCCUUGACGGAUGUAUUUGGGUGUUUCAUUGACCCGAGGCCUCUGAAGAGGUCAGAUCAAGUGGCAUUGACUGUCUUUCUUCAGAAGCUUGACAGAACCACACUGAAUGAUGCACUGGACAAGUUCAGUCGCAAGACCCUGAACACAUCGUCAAUUCCUUUGAUGACAAAGAUCACGUUCAUGAAUGCUCUGUGGGAGAUUGUAAAGACCAACGAAAAUUUAACGGAGCCAGAUUUCCUGAGGAAAUGGUUCCAGGAGAGAUUCAGGCCUUUCAUUGCAGGCAUUUCUCAGUCAGUGCUGAACCACCUUCUGAUGAGGAACAUCACCUGUGAUGGUUACCAAGCUGUCAUAAAAGGACUGAAUAAUGGAUUCGGUGAGAUGCCUCGAGAAACAAGAACUACCGUGUUAAGAGUGUGGAUCUUUGGUUACCUGAACAGCACAGUUUCAGGUGCUGCUUGUAUCGUGAACACCAAUGGGUCCAGAGAUUGGCUUCUGAAGAACUGGGGCAGAUUCGGUCAACUUGUUCAGAUAGAUGAUUUAACCAGGCUGAAUCCAGACUUCAGUGCACUCGAUGCAGUAGACUUACUGACACCUUCUCAACUUGGAGAAUUUGCUGCAAAGAACAGAACAUUGACCAACGUUGAGGACGUGCAGAGGCUUUUCAACAGUAUCACCAGCGCCACUGUUACAGAGUUUAUUGAAAAAUUCAGAACUGCUGCCAAUCAGAACAACGUGGUUUUUGCUCCCAGUAUCCGAUUGGCUUUACUGCGAGGAGUUCUGGAUCGGGCACAGCCGAUUCUUUCAGAUGCUAGCAGCGGUGAGAUCCAGAUCUGGUUUGGCAUGAGGUUACAGUUACUCCUCCCCGGACUCUCAGAAAACACAGUGCCUUUAGUGUUUGCUACGGAGAGCUGCAAUGGAACUCAGAUCAUCGUCUCAACACUGAGCUCAAUCAAACAGCAGCUGACUGCGAGUGUGCAAGAAACUAUAUAUCAAAAUAUACUGGCUUAUACUAAAGGAACCCCUCUCCGCUGUUAUGAAAACAAUAGUUUCAGCCUUUACCUGAACAGCCAGUUUGGAAAUUUCUCAGAGUUUCUAACUCUGUCUGAUGUAUCAUUCCUUGUUCCUUCAAACCGUACAGCAGAGGUGUUUAAUACUGCUGAUCCCAGUGAUUUUGCUGAUUUGUUCAGCAGACCUGGGUUCAUUGAUGACAAUGACAUUCUGAAAAUGGUGUUAAUCAAUUACCAACCCAUCCAGAAUCUGGCAACAUUUGUGGAUCAGUUCAAUCUAAGGACACGAGACAUGAACUUGACCGAUGCUAACCAAGCUGCCAUCAUUGAGGGUCUGUGGCCACAGUUUGUUAACAGCCUGCCUAUACUCAAUGAUACAGAGCAAGAUGCAUGGCUUAAUGUCAGACUAAGCCCCUAUCUGUCUUUCAUCACUACUGACCUCCUGGUUUCCAACAGCACGCUUAAAGCCCAGUGCCUCCCUUACAGGAGAAUUGUAAGAACUUUGAGUGCUCGAUACAGUGACUUUACAUCAGACAAACAGAACGAAAUCUAUAAUGGGAUCAACGUGUACCUGCAACAAGAGCCCAAACCAAAAUGCUACAAUAUGAAUGACCCAGUCUUGAACUCCACUGCCUGGUUUGCUGAAUAUCUAGGACUCUUUAUGAAUAAUGUGACAGCAACUGAUCUUCAGUCAUUCACCAGCAAUGCAUCAAUUCUUCGAGACUUUGCAGCAAACCCUGAAAACCUGCAACUUUUAAACAAUUUGACAUUGCCUACUGAAAUCUCAAGGCUCUAUGCUACAUUCCUGGCGAACAACAACCCUAAUAUUGAUAUCGUAAGUCUUCCAGAUUCUAUUAUUUGCUUCAUUGCUGGUACGGAUGUAUUGGAAUCUUUGAGUGGAGAGCAGACUUUGUCUGUCAUUGAAAGGGUAAACCAAGUCUGUGGGUUCAGCACGUCAUCCAAUGAAACAUUAUCUCAAACAACUGAUGAGCAGAUCCAGCUCUCAAAAUCAUUAGUGAGUAGAAUUGACAACUUUUCGGCCAGCACUCUGAAUAAUUUGCAGCAAACAGCAGUUGGGCUCUCAGUGUCACAGAUUGAAGAAACUGAUGCAAAUAAUUUCAAGGAAUCCCUGACAACUUUGAGUCAAGUCAGAGGAUGGAAUCGUGGCCAAGCCAAUACCAUUGUGUCCAAGUUAUUCACUAGUGGUGUAGGGUUCAGAAACACAAACACUCUGCUUCAGCUUGGAACCUUGGUACGUGGUGUUCCAAGCAGUGUGUUUGAAGCUGUUGAAUCCACAGUUCUUGUCGAUGUGACUUCCAACCCUACGUUUGUCAGAAAUAUUCUCGUAGCACCACAACCGACUCAGCAGAUUAUUGUUCUGAAGGUUUUGCAGACUGAAACUAAUCCUUUAAGAGCAGUGCAGAAGAUUCCAAGCGAACUAGUUCGAGAGAUCCCACCUGUGCACUUGACGGCAGAUCUCAAUCUUAAUGAUGUCAAUAAUAAACAGUGGGUACCACAACAAGCUUCUGUAUUCUUUGAAAACAUUGUAAGAAGGAAUAAUGAGUACAUCAGAUUCUCGCCUUCUAUCCUCCAAGGUUUCAGUUGCAGUGCAGUCAGAAACCUGAAUUCUGCGGCGUUUCUUCAGCUUGUUCAAGCAAUGAAGGGUCGAGGGGCAGUGCUUGAUGAAAGUCAGCUGACCUGUAUGUCAUACAGGUUAACCUCUACUGAAACACCGUUGGUCAUAGACACCCUCCCUGAAGACGUUUUGCUGUUUUUUGACUCUACUGAAUUAAGGAGUUCUGCAAAUUGCAAGUCAUUCUUCAGAGCUAUUGGAAGAUCAAACAUAAAUAUAUUGCAAAAAGGAUCAAGAAGACGACGAAAUCUGUUGAAUGAUGCCUUAACCUGUUUGGGAGCUGGCAGUGGAAACCUAACAAGGGAGAGUGUUACAGUAUUGGGUGAUUUGAGCUGUGACCUUGAAGGCUCGGUUAUUGAAAACUGUGACAUUACUAUUUUGGAUACAUUGAGGAAUUGCAUCUCGUACUCAGAAGAUCAAAUGAUUGCAAUUGAAAACCUACUUAGCACCAGAGCCACCAGAUUCGGCCCCCCUACGUCAUGGACGUCCCGUACAGUGCUUGAGCUGGGAAACCUACCUUUGACAUUGACUUCAACAUGGAAUCAAGUGAACUCGUUCGUCUUUUCUGAAGCCCUCCCAAGAUAUAUCCGCAAACUGAAACGGUUUAGAAGGCCCAGAGAUGUGGUCAGGUUUUUAAAACGGCUCAGACGAAGGAGAAGAGCAAGGAGAGCUACAGACUGUACAGAAGGACAGAUAAUGCCGGAAACCAUUAAUGAGUUGACCCCAGUAAACUAUGAUGCGGCCCAGUUGGAAGCCUGUUUAAGUAAUGCUUUAUUAAAGGGUAACGUGGAGCAACUCGGAGCUCUAGACUUUGAUUCUGAUCAGCUUCAAGUCCUGAAAAACAAACUCAAUCAGAUUUAUCCCAGCGGAUUACCAGAAAACCAGAUUAUACUUCUGGGAAACAUCUCAACUGUGUUUAAUGCAACAGAAGUCAGCAGCUGGAAUAUCACUCGAGUUGAGACACUUGCUGCAUUAAUGAUGCAACAGCUCGAAAACACAACGGUUAAAAGCAUUAUUACAAGGUAUCUACAGUUGGGUGGAACUCUCAAUGAAGUUUCUUUGAAAGUUAUCGGUGGGCCAAACCUCUGCACUCUAGAUGAAAGCCAGCUGAUGACUAUUUCAAACUUGACGAAUGCUGGAGCACUGGAUAUUUCCACAUGCACUCAAUCAAAAAAGAACCUACUCUACAACCAAGCAGCGUCUGAAUUAAUAUCUCAGCAAAAUAACACCAUUGCCUACUUCAACCUCAUCAAGUCAUACCUUGGUGGUGCCAGAGCAUCUGAUCUGGAGUUUCUCGCCAAUAAUCUUGUCAACAUGGACUUCCCAACCUUCAUAAAGCUGAAUCCUGAAGAAGUAGCAAAACUUUCUGCAACACAGUUGAUAAACUUACUUCAGGCUAACCUCCCAGCUCUUCAAACUGGAGCCAGUGAAACUGUGGUGUCAGCCUGGGUGAGGUCACACUUUGAAUCUGAAGUGAGGCGUGUUGGAUUGACAGGAGGAAUUCCAGAUCCUUCGUCAGAUCCUCAAUUUAACUUCAGGUGUGGAAAUACUACAUUUAAUGAAACAGAUGCAUGUGCAGGAGUAAACAGUUCAGCUGUGAACAGUUUUCUGAUGUCCGUUAACAGUUCCCAGCUAUGUAAUUUCAACAUUGCAGAAUAUGCAUGUGCUCAGGGUAAUCUACUACUGGAAGGUCUAACCAGUGAUCACUUGACCUCUAUAUUCAAUUGCUUUACUACCUCGAAGACUUUAAAAAAUCAAGAUGAAAUUGCACUAGGUGUAUUCAUUCAGAAGCUGGACAAAACUACCCUGAACGAGGCACUAGACAAGUUCAACAACAUGACCUUCAGCACAUCAUCAAUUCCAUUAAUGACAAAGAUCACAUUCAUGAACGUCCUGUGGGAGGUCGUGAAGACCAGUGAAAACUUAACCAGUUUAGAUUUCCUGACAAAAUGGUUCCAGGAGCGAUUCAGACCUUUCCUUGCUGGUAUUCCCAAGUCGGUGCUGAGCUGCCUUCUGAUCAGGAACGCAACAUGCGAAGGUUACCAAGCUGUCAUAAAGGGACUCAAUAAUGAAUUCAGUGUGAUGCCACAGGCAACAAGAGAUACUGUGCUAAAUAUGUGGAUCCUUAUCUACCUUAAUACCACAGGUGCCGGUUGUAUCACCAACACUAAUGGGUCCAGAGACUGGCUGCUGAAGAACUGGGGAAGAUUUGGUCAACUUGUUCAGAUAAAGAGCCUAACCAUGCUGAAUUCAAAUUUCAGUGGAUUUGACGUGUUGGACUUACUCACUCCAAGGCAACUGUCUGAGCUGACUGUGAACUCAAAUACUUUGAGCAAUGCUGUCAAUAUCAACAAGAUCCUUGAUACACUUUCAAACAGACGCUUUAGUGAACUGAGCGCCUACAUGAACCAUUUUGUCACUGACACGCAAACUAUGGGUAUUUCAGCUAUUCAGAAUGAAGCAGUGAGGGACUUGAUGCUAACAAGGAUCUUGCAACAGCUGAGACCCCACUUUCCACAAUUUAAAACCACAGAUUAUGCAGACUGGUUCCAGACUAACUUGCUGCUUCUGUUGCCCAGCAUUAAAGCUGAUGACCUUGCUCUCAUACCCACCAACAUUUCCUGUGAAUCAAACCAAGCGAUAGUUAAAGGACUGGACAAAGUUUUCACAAAGUUAACAAUGUCUCAGAUCACUAAUGUCUACAAACUGAUAUCGAAGUACCUCUCAAAGCAGCUCAAUUCAACAGGUUUUGCAUGCACUGUGAAUAUCACUGGGAGCAGAGAUUGGCUUCUCAAGAACUUCGGCAGAUUCCGUUCACAAGCUGAUUAUAGCAAGCUGAUAUCACUGAACAGUGACUUUAAGGGACUUGAUGUUGUGGACUUACUGACUGUAAGACAGCUUGCCCAAUUAUCUGCCAGCAAUGGAACAUUGAAGGACUCACAGGAUGUAAAGAAGGUCAUGAAUAUCAUUACAGAUGUUACCAUUACACAGUUCAUGGACAUUUUCAGCUUUGAGGCAAAGCAGAACAAUGUAACCUUGGACCCAGAAGUGAGAUCAGCCUUACUGCGUGAAGUUCUGAACCGUGCUGAACCAAUUAUAUCCAGUUCAAAUGAAACAGAACUCAAGACCUGGCUUGGAACUAGGCUUCAGUUGCUGAUACCGGCGCUGAACGGAAAUUUGGCCAAUUUAAUUCUGACGAAUGCAAGUUGCCGUGGAGCUCAAAUCAUAAUACACACCCUGAAUGCACGGAUCUCCGAAUUUACAACUAACAUUCAGCAGGAACUGUACAAUGGCAUCAGAACCUAUCUGCGCAAAGGUCCUAAACCAAGAUGUUAUGACGUGAAUGAUCUAGCUCUGAACUCAACUGCUUGGUUUGCCAAUUACUUUGGCAAAUUUCUGAAAUAUACAAGUGUAGAUGACCUUACAAUGCUCACUGACAAUGCCACAUUACAGGUAUUUGCCGCCAACCAGGAAAAUCUGAUUCUUUUGAACAGUGUUGAGCUUCCUGAAGAUGUCCAGAGGUUUUACGCAAAUGCGCUGUUCAAAAAUUUAGCCUUUAAUGCAUCAAGUGUUCCUGACAGCUUGGUCUGCUUUAUUGUUGGCACCCCAACAGUUCAAUCUUUAACAGCGCAGCAGGCUGAAAUUGUACUUCAGAAAGCAAACAGAGCCUGUCAAAAUCUUAGCACAAAUGGAACACCAACUGAUGAACAACUGCAGUUUGCAGUUUCCCUCGUGAGUAAAAUUGACAGCUUUACCCCUGAGACUCUUCGUAACCUAGGCCAAUCAGCUGUUGGACUGUCAACCGCACAAAUUAAUAAUAUCAGUGACAAUGAUAUCUUAGAAUCCCUGGACCCUCUGAGUAAAGUCAAUGGCUGGACCAUGGGAAGUGUGCUUGCAUUGGUCAGGAAAUUGAUCAAUACUGGAUUUCAGGUUAACAACGCUACGAACCUCUUGAAAAUGGGAACCUUGGCAUCUGGGCUUUCAAGUGAUGAAAUAACGAAUGUCAAUAACAGUGUGCUCGUCACUGCUGUCAAAGACACUACCUUUGUAGAAAAUAUAUUGCUUGCUCCUGAGCCUGUUCAAGUACUUCUUAUCCAGAAGGUUAUCGCAUCUUCGAAUAACCCCACUACAGCUAUACAGAGAGUUCCCGAUCAGCUUGCAUCCAAGAUAUUUUUGCCUCGCCUGAUUUCUAAAGAUAUCAGCCUGCCUCUUGUGAAUAAUAAACAGUGGAAACCUGAACAAGCCGCUGUGUUCUUUGGCACUUUAGUGGAAAAUUCGACCAUCAAUUUUGAUGAUGUUUCAGCCUCUGUUCUGCAAGGUUUCAGUUGUGCAGCGGGAAAUAUCUUGAGCAGCAACCAAUUCUUGAAAUAUGCUCAAGCCACAAGGAGUAAGACUUCACUCAGCCAAGAUCAGCUGAUUUGCAUGGCCAGAAAGCUGAAUUCCAGUGGAACACCAGGGAAGAUUUCUGAUUUGCCUGAGGAUGUCUUGCUAUUUUAUGGCCCUGAGACAUUCCCAAGUGAAAACUGCGAAAGUUACUUCCGGGCAGUUGGACGUGCCAACAUUAAUGUUUUACCUCAAGGGUCAGCAAGAAGGCAGGAUCUAUUGAGAAAUGCUCAAGCAUGCCUGAAAUUUUCCAAUGUAAAUCUGUCAAAAAAUAAUGUGACAAUCUUGAACAAUUUGAUCUGCGACUAUGAGGGAGACAUCAAAACUGCUGACGUUUCUAUAUUGGAGCCUUUGAAAACUUGUGUCAAUUACACGUCCAAUCAACAGGAUGCUAUUGACUUCCUGCUUAACCAAAAUACCACAUUUGGUGAUCCCACCACUUGGACAGAGUCCACUCUGGACAAUUUAGGGUCACUUGUCUUUGCUGUGAGGAGAAGUACAUGGGGCAAAGUCAACAAGAAUGUCAUUUUGAAAGGCUUGCAACGAUACGUGAGGAGACAAUCUAGAUAUCAACUCCAGCAAAAACAAAACCUUCUCUCCGAACUGUUCCUGCCUAUAAGAUCAAGGCGUGCAACUGAGUGUACAAAUGGCCAAAUAACAGCAGAUAAGGUUUUUGAUGUGAUACUACCUGCACAGUAUACUGCUGCCGAUUUGGACGCCUGCCUGGAUAAUAACAUUCUGAAGGAUCGACUGUCUCAACUGGGAACUCUUGCAUUUUCGACAGAACAACUUCAAGUUCUCAAAAACAAACUGAGUCAGAUUUAUCCAAAUGGAUUACCAGAAGAGAAAAUUCAGCUGCUGGGAAACAUUUUUGUGGUGUACAAUUCUACCGAAAUCAGCACUUGGAAUAUAACCAAAGUGGAGACUGUUUCAGCUCUACUGCAGAACAGCCAGAAUGAUGUCAUGAAAAAAGCUGUUGUUUCAACGUACUUGAAAGCAGGUGGAGUGUUAAACACAAGUAUCUUGAAUAUGAUCGGUGGUAGUGUGUUGUGUCUUCUUGAUGAAAGCCAAAUCCAAGCAAUCAGCUCCACUGAAAUCAGCAACGCAUCCACAUUGAAAAUUUCAUCAUGCUCUCAGUCGAAGAAAAAGAUAAUAUACAACAAAGUAAAAAGCAUUCUUGAGAAACAAACCAAUGAUUCAGUCAUUUAUUAUAAUCAGAUAAAGACAUACCUUGCUGGUGCAACGACAUCUGAUUUACAAACUCUUGCUAAGAACACUAUCAACAUGGACCCGAGUGUAUUCCUGACACUGAAUCCUGAAGAAGUAAAAGCACUCAGUCCUGGCCAUUUGAGAAAUUUGCUUGGAGUAAACCUUCAAACUGUUAAGGAUGCUGAAAAUUCCACAUUAGUCCAAAAAUGGAUUGCGCAGCAUACAGUAAGUGAAGUGAGGAGUCUAAAAAUUGGCUUGACAGGAGGGAACCCAGACGUAAUACCUCCAGACCUAAUAAGUAUCCAAGAAAUAGAUUCGUCAUCUUCUUCUAUCAACAAGAACUGUCUCCUAUGUACAAUCCAAUCUUUAUCUAUCAGCAUAAUAAUUGUCAUAGUACAAAGGUGGUUAUAGUAGGGAAAGAGGGUUAUUGACCUCAGUGGUAUUUGUAAUACACAUGUCAGUGAGAAAUUCAAUGACUUCUGUGUGCAAAGCAAUAAUGCAUCCAGCUAAUGAAAACACAGUCUGAGUAUACUACUCACAGACAUUUACUGUAUGGCUUAAAUUAUAUGAUAAUAUUUUAAUUCUCAAAACAAAAUCUAUAUAGGUUCUGUUCUGUAUAUUAGGAGAUGGUUAACUGGGAUUCUAGAAUGAUUAAAAACAUUACCAGAAUGUAAUUUUGAAUGAAUCAUUAAAAUCAUGCAAAGGGACAUAAAUUUGAAGGAGAAACUGAAGAAUUGAUAUAAAGAAGCUCUUUGAUCAGAAUGUUAAAUGUUUUUUAAUAAAAUGCCACUUCGCCUACUGAAGAAUACAUUCAUUGUUCAAAAUCAAUAUUUAUCUUCCAAUGGAUGCAAGAAGCUACCUGAGAAAUUAACUACAUUCGAUCAAAUGCCAUAUCUUGUUAUUUUACUCCUUUCCAUAUUUUAUAUUUAAAAUGCAUUAAAGAUACAAAUACUAAGAUAUUGAUAUAUUUUUUUCAGUAAAUAAUAAUUGAACAAUUUAUAUGUGACAGGUGAAAUAAUUAUUUUUGUUCUGGAUGGGUGUGACAAUUAGUUCUGUUAAAAGAGCAAUAGAAAAAUUUUUGUGUUAUAAAUAGUAAUUAAAUAAUUCAGGACAAUGAUAAGUAAAAACUGCAUUUAUCUGUCCUAAACUAAAAUGGAAAAAUAAAUUUAACUA